AUGGCCGAGCCUCAGGUUGCUACUAACGGCACCCAUGCUGCCCACCAGGGAUUCCCCGAAUACCCUGCUGCCACCCCUCUGAACACCGUUUCCACCUUCCAACCUGCUCAGUCGUCUACCCCUACCUCCGCAACUGGUACUGAGCAGCAGAAUGAGAUUACUAAGGAUGAAGUUGGCUGGUUCUUCGUUGAGCAGUACUACACUACCAUGAGCCGAAACCCUGAUAAACUGCACUUGUUCUACUCCAAGCGCUCGCAGCUUAUCUUCGGUACCGAGGCUGAAACUAUUCCUGUUGCCAUUGGCACCAAAGCCAUCAAUGAGAAGAUCAAGAAUCUUGAUUUCCAGGAUUGCAAGGUACGCGUGCAGAACGUGGAUUCCCAGGAAUCCUUUGAGAACAUCCUUGUUGCGGUCAUCGGCGAGAUCUCCAACAAAUCGGAGCCCUCUCGCAAGUUCUCCCAGACGUUCGUUCUGGCCGAGCAGCCCAACGGCUACUAUGUGCUGAAUGACAUCUUCCGCUACCUUGUGGAGGAGGAGGAAGAGACUGUUGAGGAGGCUACCUUUGAGGCCGUUCCUGAGAGUGCUCCUGUCGUUGAGUCGACUCCUGUCGCUGAGGUCGAGGUGAAGGGUGACGAGAUUGCCACCCCCGAGGCUGAGGUGAAGGCUGAGGAGGUCAACGACACUCCCGCCCCCGUCCCUGUUGUUGAGUCGGAGCCCGAAGCUGUCGUUGCUGAGAAGGCUGUGACCAAGGACAUCGAGACUCCCGGGAAGGCUGCUCCGGUUGAGAAGCCUGCUUCUCCUACCCCUGCCGUCCCCCUCAGCUGGGCCAGCAUUGCCUCGUCCAAGGCAGCUGCUGCAGCUGCUGCGGCCGCCGCUCCCAAGGCCCCCGCCGUCACUGCCGCUCCUAAGGCGACCGCUGCUGCAACCCCUGCUGCAACCGUUACCCCCUCGGCCCCCGUUGUCCCCGCUACACAGCCUGUGACUACUCCUACCCCUGUGGCCGAGAAGGAUACCUCCAGCGAUAGUGCUGGCUGGCAAACCGCCGGUGUUGACAAGAAGACUCAGGCCCGCGCUGCUGAGGAACCUCCCGUUCUUGCUUUCAUCAAGAACGUUGGCGAGAAGGUCGAUGCAGCUCUGCUCAAGGCGGUCCUGAACCGUUACGGCAAGCUCAAGUACUUUGAUGUCGCUCGCGGCAAGAACUGUGCUUUCGUCGAGUUUGCGGAGCCUGCAGGCUAUUCUGCCGCUUUUGCGGCCAACCCUGUCCAGGUUGGAGACCAGCAGGUCAUCGUUGAGGAGCGUCGCGCUCGUGGUUCCUACGGUACCGGCUACACUGGCCGUGGAGGUCCUCGUGGCCGCAACGACCGUCCCGGUAGCCAGGGUCGUGGAGGCUUCCAGCGUGGUGAGGGCCGUGGAGCCUUUAACCCUCGUGGUCGAGGCGGCAAUGCCAACGGCAAUGUAGCUUCGAAGGGUCGCAACCAGCCCCAGGCUGCUUAA